CACUACACUAUAUGGUUAAAUUAAAAUAUUAUCACUUACUGGCUCGUAUUACCAAACGUUCCACUUUAUUCUCCACUGUCAAAGUCUUGUGCACAUUUAUUUUCAUUCCCUUGGUUAAUCACUGCCAGUAUCUGGAAUUCCAAUUGGCUACCACUGACUGAAUCCAACCAAUAACAAAACGUUUUAUUCUGACGUCGGUGUCUUCGUGUGCGCUCUAUCUUCCUGUGGGCACUGUUCAAGGUUUGUCCUCCAGCUCGAGACCAAAACUCUUCGAUGCGAUGGGUGUAUUGAAUGCUCUUCGAAGGGGCCUUGUGAGAGGAGCAGAUCGUAUGGCUGAAUUCACCAGCAAGCGUGGCUCAAGGACUCACUACAAAGGCAGAGGGGCACAGCCAACGGGAGUACUGACCUCCAGCAGAAAAUUUGUUCCAGUACAGGCAAUGAUCCCUCAGUUUGUGGUGCCAAACUUGGAGGGAUUCAAACUCAAGCCCUACGUGUCGUACCGCACCCCGGCUGGAACGGAGCCCGCUGUCACCCCUGAGGGUCUGUUCUCUGAGACUGUGGCCCCACAGAUCCAGAAAGACUUUGAGGAAGGCUCCUUUGAUAAGGAACAGCUGGAGAAAUACGGGUUUGAACCUACACAGGAAGGAAAGUUAUUCAAACUCUACCCCAAGAACUUUAUACGCUAAGUAGUCCACCAAAUCUGAUCCAUCUGGAACUCUGAGCGUUAAGGAUCAUUGACUUAUUUUGUUUGUGUUGGGAGGUCAAGAUGUUGUUUUACUGGACCCUGGUGUAUUGUGAAUGUGCUGGCUGAAAGUACUAGUAUGUGCACUUCUUAUUAAAACAUGUAUAUUAUG